UAUGAUCUGUGGUUUGUCGACAGUUGGCACUUGGCGUUGACGUUUGUCGACGAAGUCCAGCACAAGCUGAAAAGGGUCCUUUUUCACGCGUACGCCAUUGUUGGCGUAUGGUAGUAUAAUUUUAUUGAGAGAGAAAUCAUAAACCAUCCAAUAUGGUGAAUUUCACGGUGGACGAAAUUCGUGGGAUGAUGGACAAAAAGCGGAAUAUCCGCAACAUGUCCGUCAUUGCUCACGUAGACCACGGAAAGUCUACUCUCACUGACUCGUUGGUCUCAAAAGCCGGUAUUAUCGCCGGCGCAAGAGCUGGAGAGACCCGUUUCACUGAUACAAGGAAAGAUGAGCAAGACAGAUGUAUUACCAUCAAGUCCACGGCUAUUUCUAUGUACUUCGAACUUGAAGAGAAAGACUUGGUAUUCAUCACCAACCCUGACCAGCGUGAGAAGAGUGAGAAAGGUUUCUUGAUCAACUUGAUUGACUCACCUGGGCACGUUGACUUCUCCUCUGAGGUAACAGCAGCUCUCCGUGUCACUGAUGGUGCCCUGGUUGUUGUGGACUGUGUUUCCGGUGUGUGUGUACAGACUGAAACUGUACUGCGUCAGGCUAUUGCUGAGCGCAUCAAGCCUAUUCUGUUCAUGAACAAGAUGGACCGUGCUCUGCUGGAGCUGCAGUUAGAGGCUGAAGAGCUUUACCAAACGUUCCAACGUAUUGUUGAGAAUGUCAACGUUAUUAUUGCCACUUACAAUGACGAUGGUGGUCCUAUGGGUGAGGUUCGUGUGGACCCCAGCAAAGGUUCUGUGGGUUUCGGCUCUGGGCUCCACGGGUGGGCUUUUACCCUCAAGCAGUUCUCUGAAAUGUAUGCUGACAAGUUCAAGAUUGACCUUGUGAAGCUCAUGAAUAGACUGUGGGGUGAGAACUUCUUUAACCCCCAAACAAAGAAGUGGGCGAAACAGAAGGACAAUGACAACAAGCGUUCCUUCUGCAUGUAUGUCCUUGACCCCAUCUACAAGGUGUUCGAUGUUAUCAUGAACUUCAAAAAGGAGGAGACAGAAUCUCUCCUCAAGAAGAUUGGUGUCACCAUCAAGCAUGAAGAUGCUGACAAGGAUGGAAAGGCUUUACUCAAGGUUGUGAUGCGCUCAUGGCUGCCAGCUGGUGAAGCUCUGCUGCAGAUGAUAGCAAUCCACCUGCCAUCCCCUGUGGUUGCUCAGAAAUAUCGUAUGGAGAUGCUGUAUGAGGGACCUCAUGAUGAUGAAGCUGCCCUUGGUAUCAAGACCUGUGACCCUGAGGCUCCACUCAUGAUGUACAUCAGUAAGAUGGUGCCAACGUCUGACAAGGGACGGUUUUACGCGUUCGGUCGUGUGUUCUCCGGCAAGGUUAUCACUGGACAAAAGGCUCGCAUCAUGGGACCUAACUUCCAGCCAGGCAAGAAAGAGGAUUUAUAUGAGAAGACCAUCCAGCGUACUAUUCUUAUGAUGGGUCGUUAUGUGGAGGCCAUUGAAGAUGUGCCUUCUGGAAACAUCUGUGGUUUGGUCGGUGUUGAUCAGUUCCUUGUUAAAACUGGUACCAUUACUACAUACAAGAAUGCUCACAACAUGAAGGUUAUGAAGUUCAGUGUGUCCCCUGUGGUGCGUGUAGCUGUUGAACCCAAGAACCCAGCUGAUUUGCCCAAGCUGGUGGAAGGUCUUAAGCGGCUGGCAAAGUCUGAUCCCAUGGUGCAGUGCAUCAAUGAGGAGUCAGGUGAACACAUUGUUGCUGGUGCUGGCGAGUUGCAUCUUGAGAUCUGUCUGAAGGACUUAGAAGAAGACCACGCAUGCAUUCCAAUUAAGAAAUCCGACCCUGUGGUGUCAUACCGUGAGACUGUGAGCGAGGAGUCCAACCAGAUGUGUCUGUCCAAGUCUCCCAACAAGCACAACAGACUGUUUAUGAAGGCCACACCCAUGCCCGAUGGCUUGCCAGAGGACAUUGAUGAUGGUAAAGUGAACCCACGUGACGACUUCAAGACGCGCGCUCGUUACCUGAGCGACAAAUAUGAGUACGACCUGACUGAGGCCCGUAAGAUCUGGUGCUUCGGUCCUGAGGGAACCGGCCCCAACCUAUUGGUUGACUGCACCAAGGGAGUGCAAUACCUUAAUGAGAUCAAGGAUUCCGUGGUAGCUGGUUUCCAAUGGGCUGCCAAGGAAGGUGUGAUGGCUGAGGAGAACUUGAGAGGUGUCCGAUUCAACAUCUAUGAUGUGACACUGCACACAGACGCUAUCCACAGAGGUGGCGGUCAGAUCAUUCCCACCACCAGACGUGUUCUGUACGCCUGUCUGCUAACCGCGGCACCACGUCUCAUGGAGCCUGUCUAUCUGUGCGAGAUUCAGUGCCCUGAGGUGGCAGUGGGAGGUAUCUACGGCGUACUGAACAGACGUCGUGGGCACGUGUUUGAGGAGAGUCAGGUAGCCGGAACACCUAUGUUCGUGGUGAAGGCUUACCUGCCCGUAAACGAGAGCUUCGGGUUCACCGCCGACCUGCGUUCCAACACCGGCGGACAGGCCUUCCCGCAGUGUGUGUUCGACCAUUGGCAGAUCCUGCCCGGAGACCCGAGCGAGCCAGGCACCAAGCCCUAUGUUGUUGUUCAGGACACAAGGAAAAGGAAAGGUUUGAAGGAGGGUCUGCCGGAUCUUACUCAAUAUUUGGACAAAUUGUAAAUGUCGUAGGAAAUAUUGUAAUAUAUAUAAUAUAUACGAGCGCUUCACGCAUACAUUUUGUUUGAACAACCGCAUCAUCGCCGGCUUCACAACCCACCAUCUUGUUAACAUACCACUUAUUGUGAUACAGAGGUAUAAUAUAGACAAUAUUCAAUGUGCUGUAUUUUACGUACAGGGAACUCAUGUCAUCUUAUUGUACUGUAAUUAAUUUUAAAUUAUAAUUUUUCUAUUACA